AUCAUGCCUACACGUGAUACUAGCAAAAUUUGACAACAGACGAGAACUUGCUUACUUGCUAACAUUUUGACAGCUGUUGUCAGUUGUUUUUUAGUAAACUUUUUUUUGUAUACUUUUUCACUCAUUUGUCAUUUUUCGUUGUUUAAACUUACCCACUUCUUAUUUUUCUGAUGGAUUAAUAUUUAAAUAAGGUACCUAGGUAUACCUAUGUUUCUUAUAACUUAUUUCAAAUAUCACAGAAAAACAAAAAUAUUAUCGUCGCCGACGAUCGGUGCCGGCCGGCCGGUUGGCGCUUUGUUUAUGUUUUAAUCACAAGUAACUAUAAAUAGAACAAUAUGGAGCAAUGGGAAUCAUUGAUAGAAAGUUAUCCGAGAGAAGCAACGCUACAAGACUUCGUGAAAGCUGUGGAAACAGCCGAGGCAGUGGCCAAAGAGGAUUUAGCACCAUUUGAGUCUGACCGGUUCAUAAGAACCCUGCUAUCUGCCCCGGUGGACCUGAUACUGUCAGUCCGCAGGCACCACCACGAGGAUGUGUGGUCGUCCACCGUGGUGCGCUGCUUCUCCCUCGUGGAGGCCCUCGGGGAGAGGUUGCAAGACUAUCAGGAGGACUUGUUUAAGAUCAGCCAACUCCCGCACAGCGCGGCGGGGCGUCGGCGCGCGCUAUUGGCUGUCCGCGCGCUGGCGCCGUGGCUCGGCCCCGCGCUCGCCUCCCAUUGGCCGGCGCUGUUGCACGCCGCGCAGUACGCGGAUGACGCGGUGACGGUGCGGGCUGCGCGCGCGCAGCUUGUUGGAACAAUAUGUGAAUAUCACCCGGAACUAUUACAAAAUGAAACAGGAAUUAAAGUGUGGAGGAUAUUUCUUUGCACCCUGGAGGCGGCGAAAACAACAGACUCCCUAACAAACGCGGUGCUGACAGCCCUAGACGGUCUACUCCGGUCGUGCGGCCGCGACCUGCCCACGGCCGAGCUCAACCAGUUCUACGACACCCUGGCGCAGGAGUAUGUGUAUAUCUGUAGCUGUCGGGAUGCGUGUCUAAAGCUGCUUACAAAUCACUCCAACUUGUUCCCUGAAAGGCUAGCCCAAGACCUAAGGCUGCGUACACACUUGUGGAACGAAAUACCCAACGUUUCUUUAGCCGCCGAAGCGAUUACUAGCGUUUAUUUAGCCGCCACCAACGCUAAUAAUGUUGAGUCCAUGGCAGUUCAAGAGGUGUACCCCCGGACGGUAUCAUCAUCAGCUCUAGUGAAGAACACGGCGUGUUGCGUCCUGGCCACCAUGCUGAACACGUAUAGAGACAGGCUGCCUGGUGUUGGGGACCAGUUUGAUAGGCACGUCUCAAGUCUGUGUACUAGUCUGGAGUUCAGUUUGUCAUCAAAACUGGACGCGUUCGGUGAUGAUGAUGAGAGCAGGUGGGAGUAUGAUGGGGAACUGAUGAACUUGAUACAACAGGCCAGCUGGUGCAUUCAAACCAACGUAGUGGGUUGCGACUCUCUGCUCAGAUCUAUAAUACUUCUGUAUAGGAAAAUACCAGCGGCGCAAAGGAAGAAGUAUGUCGUACAUACGUUGUUGAAAGCAGAGCCAGCACUGAGAACUUGCGCCAUAACAUUCCUAAUAAGCGAGACGACGAAACUAGAAAAUGAAACAUCCUGUAUACACAAAUAUUUCAAGAUUUGGGAACAAAUAUUUGACACAAACUCUGGAAAAGAUAGCGUAGUUAUGGAUAAUUCUAAAGCCGUCUUCGAAGACUUUAUUCUAUAUGUGCUGUUUGCAAUGGAAGAUUUUAUGGAGAACAAUUUUGUUGGGGAUUUUAAUCAGAAUACCAGUCAACACCUAAGCACACUCCUUAACUUUACAUCCCAAAUACUCCAGCUAGAGAAUGUAAAAGACUACGUCUCAGAAUACAUAGAGAUCUUUCUAGAACUAGUGUUGGACGCGACAGAGAUAUGCCUCAGUGAUGGGCAGUUGUUGUGUUUGACCAGUUUGGUGAGUGCGGCUGAGGAGAACUGCAUGUUUGAAGACGGCAGCCUGUCGCGAGUUUUGGUGAAGAGAUUGAUGAGUUUUUAUGAGAAUCUACAAAUAGACCGUUGUCGUGACGAGGGUAUUCUGUGCGCGUCGUGUCUAACACUGAUGGAAGCUCCUGACUCUCUCAUGAAGAAUGUGGAGAGCACGCUGACUGCUUUACUGGUGAUAUUUUCAAGGGACGACGUAGAACCGAAAACAUUAUCAAGAGCUUUACGAAAACUGGAGACUAUCAUACUUAGGGACAGGUGUAGUUCCGAAGAAUCUAUCAUUUGUGAUAUAAUAUCCAAAGUAGACAAAAUACGAUCAAGGAAAGAUAUUUCUGGUAAAUUUGCCAAAAUCCUUCACCGAGAUGUCCUGUUGUUUAUGGGUAAAUUUGGCCACAAAAUCGAUGAAAACAAUAACAUUGAUAGUGAUAAACUGAUGAUUGUAAAAUUGAAAGAAAAGUUGAGUUUAAAUAUACCGAAUCCGAGCGAUGGAAAGAGUUAUAAGUUAAACCUAGAGAGCAUACUAGAUCUAGCUCUCCUACACGAAGACAGUAAAGCGUUGCAUUCGUUGCUACUUAUCAUUUCUGCGAACUUAUCCUCCCGCCCGGACCCAACCCUCCAGACCGCGCUAUCCGCAGUACUACACAAGUUGACACGGUGCCACGCUCGCGGCGAUACGGCCAGCGCCCCGCCCGCCGCCGGGUGCUGUAGUGUGGAUAGCGUGCGGGAUUUGAUCACUUACAUAGCACUGGAGCGGUCCCCCGGAGUGCGCGCGCUGCUGGCGCUGAUGCUGGAGACAGUUCUGCUGCGGGAUCCUCAUUCGGAGGCGCUCCGGGCGGUGGUCGAACACGCUAUCCUCAUGAUGGGAAGCCAGAGCUCAAUCACAAAACGAGCGGGAUUGGACUUGGCCGAAACAGCCUUAGCAGCGUCCAAAGACAACAGUUCAGUGGUAGAAUAUUUGCCAAAACUGCUAAACUCAAUCUUAAGAACCAACGAGACGGAUUUCGAUAUAACAUACGAAGAGGCAACACAAUGCUUCGCCAAAACCUCAGUUUUAUUCACACAAGAAACACUUGAGUGCACAUCUAAAGACUUACUUGAAACUUUGACGAGUGUAAUGUUUGACGAAUUGAAUUUGGAAAAAACUGUCAAAUUGACUGUGAACACUUUUAAAGACAUUUUUAGUCGAACUCCAGAGACUGAUAAGAUGGUUUUGGAGUUGCUGAAAGAUACUAAAAUGGAUGCUUUGAAGUAUCUUCUAGUGCUUUCAGAGGCAAGAAAGUCAUUUGAGUUUUCAGCAGAGGUUUGUGCUAAAAUAGUCAGUGCGGAUAAUUUCAAAGUAUUUACCGUGAUCAAAGAGUUAUUGGAUGGAAGUUUAAAACGUUACACGUUUGAAUUUUGCUUGAAAAUUGUUUACAAAUUCAUGACGGAAUGCGCAGAUGCUAUGUUGGAGCUGAAAUAUGUGGUCACAUUGGAGCUCCUAAAUCUGGCUAUAACCAAGACCACUCCAGUUCACGUAAAGAAACUGCACAAACAUAUUGAAGAAUGCAUAAAAUCCUUCGCUUUCAUUUGGAAAAACACACCAAGACCAGUAAUAGACAACUUUGGUACUUGGUGUAAAAAUCUGCCGUUAAAAAGGAUAACAAACAAUAUAUUGAAGAAAACUUUUGUACCUGACGACGCCAUAAUCAUUUACGCUUUGAAGAAAAUGCUCAAGAUAUUUAAUCUAAAGCAAAUUACUAGUUUAUUGAUACCAGAAACCUGUGAACUUAUGCAAAGAUGGCCGAAAGAAUUGCUAAAGCUAUUCAAAUCGAAUUACAUCCAAGACUUCUUAAAAUCCAAAAUGGCAUAUUUGACAGACGUACUAACUGUAUCGCUUAACUUUUUAAAACCGGCCGAAGUCAAAGGUUUGAUUUUAGCAUGCCAAGAAAAUAGUUCGAAUGAAAAAGAAGGUUUGAAAUUCUGUCGGUUUUUCGUGAAAUCUUUUGCAGGGUAUUUCUUAGAGAGUAAUAUACUGAUGGAUGUAGAAAUGAAGGGGUUAUGUGUGUUGAUACAUGAUGUGGUGAAACACUUCGGCAGGUUGGAAUGUGAUGGAGUAAUAUGUAGGAAAGUGGUUGAGACUGUUGAUCAGAUGUGGCCCACUCUAGAAUCCCAACUAACGUUAGAGAAACUCUGCGCAAUACUAUCAGACCUACAAUUCCUGGACACAAGUGACCUCCAAUUGUCCUCCAACCCUGGUCUAUGGUGGCUCCGGAUGAUACCGGAAGUGAGAAACGAUGAUAAAGUGAAGCUAAUGGCGGUGCUUCCGGUGUUACUGAAGAACGAUGUCGGGAGCGAUGUGCAGGAGAAAUAUACCGCGGCUCUUCAAAGCUACGCCUCCACCCUGCCGGUGCUACGCAGCUCGUUAACUGCGCACGCGCCGGCCGUGUCCGCGCUGCUGCGGGGGGUCGCCGGCGCGCCGCCCGCGCUGCUGCCGCUGCUGCCCGCGCUGCCGCUAUCACCCCCGCUCCCCGCGUGGCUGUCAACCGCCCUACACGCGUGCGCGGCGGGCAUAGCCACGCACGCGUGCGCGCUGCACGCGGUGCGUGAGUUGUGCACGCGUGACGCACGAACGGACAUGUUUGAUGCGCUCCUGCUGCCUGUUGUCAGGUAUUCAUCAACGAAAGCGUGUGAAGACUUCUUCUGUGCGACAAUGAACUCUAUUCUCUCAGACUUAUGGCCGAAAUCGAAAUCUUCGAAUAAUUUCAUUCAGUACGCCAAGGCUUUCGCUUUAGCUCAGCUGGCGUUUGAAAAGCUACCACUAUCAACACUGCAGUCACCCACUUCACCACUCUAUGCAAACCUCGACCUCAGAGGCAGCAAGACGCUGGCGGCGGCCAUUUGCAAAAUAUGUAAGACUCUGCGCGACGGCGUGGCUCCAGGGAGUGAUGUGGAGGCUUACAGGUGGGGUGGAGGAAAUCUCUUCGAGUAUUGA